UAUAUUAAUUUUAAUCUUCUUGCAAUUUCGGUUUUUUGCAAAAGAAAAAUAAAUAAUUGAUUAUUUAAAAUUUAUAUAUUGCGUUUGAGUGGAAUAUAAUUAAUUAUUUAAAAUUAAUAAAAAUAGAAUGUUUAAUAAAUAAAGAAAAAUUUUUAAUAGUUAAACAAGACUGCAACACCGGAAAGUUUCAAGAUAUUCAAAAAUGUUCAAAGUACAAACAAUGAAUAGGGAGGAGAAGGCAUUUUUAGCAAAUAUUGCAACAAUAUUGGUGAAGGAUUUGGGAAUCGACAAAAAAUUUCAUCCAAAAAGAGUUCCGAAUAUCUUAUCCACUGAAACUUGUUGCGAUGAAGAUGGACUUGAAUUAUUUAUUAAUCAAAUCCACAAAAAAAUUCAACGAAAGCGUAUUUUAAAGAAACGACUAAAAACAAAAGUAAUAUUUACUUUAAACAAAAUGUUAAAACUACCUUUAAACUUUGUGAAUGAAGGUCUUCAACACGGUCCAAUCAUGUCGAAAGACACAUAUGAGAAAUUAUUUAGCGAACUUAAACAGUAUAUACCAAAUAACAUAAAAUAUGAAAACAUGCAUGUCCUUCAACGUUCGAUAUUUAAUUGUGGUCUUACGCUACUUUUACAAAAAAAGGAAAAUUUAAUUAACAUUUUGAAGAAAUAUGAAGUAGAUGAAAUUUUUUUUCAUAAAGUAGCUCCUUAUUUUUAUAAUAAUAUAGUAAAAGAUUUUAGCACAUACGUGAAAUGGCCUGAAACUCUGGAUAAGAAAAUGAAAGUUUUAAAAGAAUUUUGCAAUGUUGAGGAGCAUAAAAAAUUAAAUGUUUUUGGAGUAAUUAAUAGCAAAAUAAUUGAUGUAAAUUUUAAAGAAGAUAGUAAUAAAAAUAAAUCAUUUGUUAUACAAAUUACUUGUGAUGCGAAUCAAGUUAUCUCAAAUGUGGAAGUUGAAUAUGCUGAUUCGUAUAGCUUUCCUGACACUAAAAUCGGUAGAAUUUUAUUGAAUGAUUCUGCAAAUGAUUUUAUUCCCGAUAAUAGCUAUUUUGUUGGAUCAUCAGGAUUACCGAUAAGCGAAAAACUUAUAACUCCAUUUAGGAAAAUUAAUGAUGAAAAAGAGGAGAAAUUUAAUUCAAUUCUUGAUGACUAUAUAAAUAUUUCUGCAAAAAUGUUUAAAUUAAUAUUUAACAGAUUUCAAAUUUUAAGGAAUCUUAAUUUUGAGAAUCCUGCUCAUUUUAAAAACAUUUUGAAAUCAAUUUGUAUAGUUCACAAUCUUUGUUUAAAAAACGAUGAUUAUUUUGAUGCAGAAAUCCGGAAUGAAGAAAGUUGUUUCAAGCCAUAUGAAUCAUGUGACAAUGAAGGUGAUUUGGACGGACUUGAUAAACGAAAGGAAUUAUUAAAUGUCAUAUUUUGAUUAUAGGCAAACAUAUUUAUUUUUUAUAUGCAAAUAUAUAAAUAUAAUAU